AUGCAAUCCACUCCAUCCCCAACUGCCUUCCCCUGAUCAUCAGUGCAGCAAUGGGAGACGAUCACCCUUCGUCUUCGGCCUUCCCGUACCGCAGUCGUAGGCACGAUGACGAAGACAGAUCACAGCAUACAUCCAGUCGUAAUCAUAGGCAUCACUCUUCUUCAUCUAAGCACCGGCGCUCCCCCUCUCCUCACCACCGCUCUUCCCAUCGUCAGUCGUCCUCGUCCUCGUCCUCGAAACGCCGGCGCGAUGACAACCGCGACGAUGAUCGCGGCUCAUCACGGCCACAUGGCCACAGGCACCGUGACAGGGACGACGAUAGGUCACAUCGCGGGCACUCGAGACGAUCUGUGUCCCCACCUGCAGCAGAUGCUUCCACCACCGUGCCGUCUUCUUCCGCACUCAAUCUGCAAUCCCACGCAGAGCCUACCCACUCUGGCUCUCCCGUGUCUUUGCCGAAGAGUUCGGCGACAGAGACGCAGAUCAAGCGCGAUAAUUGGAUGGUAGCCGGAGCAACUCAGAGCUACAAUUCACGGGUAGAUGCACAAGGAGACGCAACGACUUCCUCCACAGAGCCCGGGGACGGAGAGGGUGACUAUUUCUCCUCGCUUGGCAAUGAGAGGGUCAAGAAGCCAAAAGAAGACAAGCCAAAUCCAGAUGAGCUCAGGGUCAGCUCUCGAGAACUCAAUACACAAUUCGCUCAAGGCAAACACAUCGACGAGUAUGCUGAUCAGGCGAAGCAAAAGACUUCCUUUGGCGCUCCGGGAUACCAGUGGCGUCUCAUGAAGCUGCGCAAGACCUUUGAGCAGGCCAGUGAAGAAGGCAGGUCAAUAGAGGAUGUAGCGAUGGAGAGAUAUGGCGAUAUGGCCUCCUUUGAAGAGGCAAAGGCAGAGAAGGCGUACCUCGAUGGUCAGGGAGGGGUCAGUCGAGGUCAGCGGGGCGGCACACCAGUCAGACCGCCGGCUGCAACCAACCCCUCCAAUCGAAGCUUCAUGUUCACAGACUCACCAAACAGCUCUUUUGGGGCAGGAGCGCCCCACUCAAGACCGGUCUCACGUCAGUCCUUCCGCAAACCAGGAGAGGCAUCUGCUCCUUCCACGCCGCAACCUGAAGUGCCCACGUCACUAUCAGGAGUCGGAAGACUCGGAAGUCUUCGGGGUACAAGUGGUACUCCUCAACAGUCCAAGUCCUCCACUCCGAUUCCCACCGUCUUUACCCCUACCAUUCCUGCCCGCACCGCGAAUGCCGAUGCCAAUGAGUCUGCGACCGAGCUCAGUGGAACUCCUACCCCUUCACCCGCUGUUCAAUCUGCUGUGGCUGCUGCGCAAGCUCGGGACUCAGUCUCAAAUCCUCCUCUGGAUGCUGCUGCUCUGAACAAGCUCGAGGCCAAGGUCAUGAAAGCGGAAAUGAUGGGAAAGCCCAACGCGCGGAGUCUGCGUGACACACUAGAAAAGGAAAAGGUACGAGCUACCAGCGGAGGUGAUCAGGGUGGAGGUCACUUUGAGCAGACUGCCUCUGUGCAGUCAGUCGGAUCUUCUGCAGACACCAACGUACAGGUCUUGCCCACUCUGGAUGGGCGAGGUAGGCUGUACGACGUUGGGCGUGGCAGGCCUGGAGAAGAUGAAGAGCUGCCGCCAGGCAAUCGCCGGCGCAAGGCCAACAAGGUGCAGACUCACGAUCCGAAGACAGGCGAGUUUGUCCGGUACAAUGUUGAUGACGACGAAAUUACACUGGAGGACAUGGUCCGACAGGAAAAGUUCAAGGCGGGCAGCGGCGAUCAGAAGAACUACGACGCCGAGCUCGGCAACCGCAUUGCCUCGGAUGGGGCCUUUAAGGAAGGCUUCGACUACCUCGAUGAGAACGUGGAACGCCUUGCGCGGAAGAAGAUGCGAUCGGACGCUCUCAAGAGGCAGUUUGCUAUCAAUGACUUUGCCAAGACUAAAAAGGCUCUAGAGUCCUGUCGCUUUUGCUUCCAGGAUGAAGGCGAGAAGCCACCUUUGGCGAGACUUGUGGCCAGUGGGACGAGAGCCUACUUGGCCUUGCCGGACAAUGAGCCACUCGUAGAAGGCCAUUGCUUCAUCGUCCCGAUCCAGCACCAUCUUAGUAUGCUGGAUGCGGACGAUGACACGUGGGAGGAAGUCAAGAACUUUAUGAAAUGCCUUCUACAGCUAGCGGACUCUAAGGGGCAAGGCGUAGUCUUCUACGAGACCGUUGUUUCUCUCAAGCAGCAACGCCACACGGUCAUCGAAGCUCUCCCUCUCGAAAAGGACCUCCUUUCCUCUCUCCCCGGCAAUUUCCGUCAAGAACUGAUGAAUGUCGAAUCCGACUGGUCGCAGCAUCACAAGGUCAUUUCUUUCACCCCCGACAGACCCUUUAGGCGGGCAAUGGUCCCACAAUUACCAUACUUUAUGAUUCAAUUUGAUCAUAAAGGGGAAAAGGGAUAUGGACAUGUGAUUGAGGGAGCAGAGGCGGGUGAGGCCUUUGAGCAGCAGGACGAGUAUGCGAUGAGCGAGGCGGCAAUGGGUGGUGGGAAGUUCGACAGGUGGUUCGCUGCGGAAGUCAUCGGCAGUCUCCUGGACCUCGAGCCCCGCGCCUGGCGCAAACCACGUCGACUGGAUCACCGAGCAGGGAGCGAGUUGCUCGCCCGAUUCGAGAAGGAGUGGGAACCCUUCAACUGGACCAAGAUGCUAGGUCGUGGCGGAGGUGCUGCUUCGUGA